AGCAAUACCCAACCUCCUAUUUCAAUUCAGACGUGCACAACCAAGCGAGUGACAAUAACUGCAAAGCGACAGUGAAACUUUCAAGUGAACAACUGCGAACUAUAAGUUAAAGACUCGAAUAGUUGCCGGCAUCUUGCAUAACUGAUAAAACGCAAAUCCAAACAAAAUGCAAUCCAUGGCCAGACAAACGGCGCGAGCCCUUCCUCAGAUGGGCAAGCAAGUAAGCUAUCUCUCGACCAGUGGAGCCUGGAGGUCAGCAGCCGCAGGCGGUGGCGACAUGGUGGUGGAGAUCAAAGAGCCGAAGACCCGAACCGAGAAGCUGAUGGCCUUCCAAAAGAAGCUGCGCGCCAAGACGCCGCUGGGCAAGCUGGACGAGUUCUCGCGCCAUCCCUACCAGGAGCAGGAGCCCCUCAAGCCCUGGCCCAACCAGACCAAUCCGUAUACGGGCGAGAUCGGCGGACCCGCCGGACCGGAACCCACGCGUUACGGCGAUUGGGAGCGCAAGGGUCGCGUCUCCGACUUCUAGUCCCCAAAGAGUUCCUUAGCUAGUACCUAGGCUGUUAUUUAAAAAUCUACCAUUUAAGACUUGAAAAAUCAAACAAAACAUAAAUGUAUACUCGUGGAAUACUACUUAUUAUAUAGUGUAAAAAAAAAUACAUCAUAUUUUUAAAGUUAAAAAAGAUAA